CCGAUUCCUCGCCUCGCUCUGUCGUUCUACCGUAUUCCCCUGCAGGUCCCAUCGAGCUGCCGCGAGACCAGGCCUCUUGAGCCGCCUACGUCAAGUUGGGCAGCAUGUGGCGCAAGCUGUGGGCAUGAAGGGCAAGCGCUUGGCGUUCCUGCUGCGUGAGAGCCGAGCGCGCGGCACCGUCGGGCCCGCACCACGCGCCGUGACGUGCCGGCGUCGGCCCACACCCUUCCACGCCAUGAGCACCCCACGCCUGCACCGCCACGUCUCCAACCUGCGGGAAGAGGAUCGCUCCUGACCCAGAUGGUGCGCAAGGCGACAACUGCGUACGAGCACGUGCUCGGCUUGGUUCAGGCAGUGCACCACAUGCCGUCUGAGGCGCGUGUGAGCAUGGUGCUGGAGUCAUUGCUGCGCCAGCAGGCGGUGGGAUGCACCAUUCAACACACGCACAGCGAUAGCGCGCUCGAGUCGCGGUUGCUGUGCCAGGCGGCGGCGCACCUGAAGGCGCUUCGGGAACUGAGGGCACAGCUGGGGGCGGUGCAGUCGCAGCUGCACGCCGCACUGGAUGGGCUGUACGACCGCACCGCGGCUUCGGCGGUCGCAGCCCGCGCUCACAGCGGCAGCGGCACUUGUGUGGCUGCUGCUGCGGCGAAGUCAGGGGCGCAGCCGGAGGCACCCGAGCAGCUCAGCAGCCCAUCGCACCAGCAGCAGUGGCAGCGGAGCUUCACCACCCCCGGGUCGCCCUCCAGCAGCCCUCAGGCGUCCUCGUCGGCUGCCUCCUCAGCGCGCACCGUCAUCAUCCGCGAUGGCGAUGAGGGGAAUGACGCCACGUACGACAGCGGCUUCGCCGCCUCCGCCGGCGGCGGCAGCAGCGGUGGUCGCUACGAGCAGUACAAGCAGUGCCCCCAGCACCUGCUGGCGGCGGAGCUCGUGCUGACCUCGCCGCGGCAGCUGGGCCGCAAGCUAGGAUAAUGCCGCGCAGCAAGCGCCGACGAGACGAGGACCAGGCGAAUGCAACAAUCUGGAGCCGCGCCGCUGGCAGGCAGAAGAACCGCGAUGUGAACAGCGCCUGCAACAUGCUCUUGCUGCUUGUCCUGCAACUGCUGCAUGGUGACGACGGCCGGCCGGAGGUGUUUAGGUCGGCCGCACGCCGAUGCCGACGCCGAUGGCGGUGACCAGCAGGAGGAGGAGGAGGAGGAGGAGGACGAGGACGACUAGUCCAGCUGCUGGUUGCAGGCGUGCGGCCCCUGGCGCUGUGGGGAUAGUGAGAUUGUCGGUUUGGGUGAUGUCACAGCGCGUGUGUGGAUGUGAGACGCCAGGGGCUGCAGUUCAUAUCGUGAUAACCCGCCUUUGUGGCGGACAGGGGGGCUUACGUCCCACCCUUGGGGCGUGCUAGGAAGACGGUGGAUGCAGACCCCUACGCCGUGUGGAGGACCGGACUGGGUGGAGAGACUCCACCACAACAAUGCAUGCGUACCGGAGUACCGCGUUCAUGCGCACAAACUUAUCAGGUUUCACAGACAACCGAGCAACAAAAAAGGUUG